CCCAAUUAAUGUGACUUAAUGAAAUACUUCCCCAAUUAUUCCAAAAAAAAAAAACCUCCCCCAAAGAACCACUUAACGUCACAAAACAUUAAUAAACAAUAAAUAAGUCCAAAUGAUAAAAACUAUCACAUCCCCUCUUCUUUUUUUUUUUUUAUGGAAUCACAUCCCCUCUUCUUGAGAACAACCUUGCACUCAAUGUUGAAUCUCUGCAUACUGGUUCAGCUUCCUUGUCUCCUAUGCCUCAUCCUCAGGCUCAUCCUCCCAGCGCCCAACAAGAGUCAUCAAGUCCGGUUUCACGCACUGGUGCCGAAUGUAAAUUCCUUAUUGGAGUUGAAGCAUUUCCUUUUCCACCUCUUCUGCUCAAUUUUCGCCGAUGACAUCCUGACAAGCCCCUUCGAAGGAACUCGAUGUCCCGAUCAAACUACAUCAAGUGUUGUCGCGACAAUUGGAGUUGACCUCGCGUCCCCCCCAACUACGUCCCCUCCUCCACCACUAGCACUCUGGCAGUAGUGUUGCUACUCCCUCCUCCACUAGGCUUCUGGUAGCGGCCUAUGGUACUCCUCCAGCUCGCUAUCUCUUCCUCCUUGCCCGCAUACCUUCUUGGCCCUGUCCACUCCUCUUGUCUCGCAUCCUAGAACCGUCUAGACUAUCUCCUGUCAACCUCAGGAGUUAUCAGGGGGUGGAUAAAAGGCAUCUGAGUCGCCUUGGAGACCCCUCAAAUUCGCGGCUCCCUUGAUGUCCCAAUUCCGCUCGGAUUGGUUCGUGUUGGCCCGUGUCCAGCAGAUCUCGAUCGGCCAUCUACCACGCCCUAACCCCGCCUACGGUCGACCCCACUCAGGCCAUGCCCCCAACUGGUCCACCAAGCUUUGUUGUUUUCUUCUUGGGCUCGAUCCAUGCCUAAUCAAACCUAGCCCAUUGC